UAUUUUAUGGAUUAUUUAUAUGUUUUAUUGAAAAAAAUUAGGAUAUUCUCCAAAUAAUUAAACACUUAAAUUUGUCUGCUUUGUAUUCAUUCGCUUACGUCCUUUUCACAAUCCUUUUCACUUUGGAAAUAUCAAGAUGACUUCCAAAAGACGAAAUAACGGACGAGGUAAGAAAGGACGUGGCCAUGUGAAAUACAUCCGUUGCACUAAUUGUGCACGAUGUGUACCUAAAGAUAAGGCCAUCAAGAAAUUUGUUAUAAGAAAUAUUGUUGAAGCAGCUGCAGUCAGAGAUAUCUCAGAUGCUAGUGUCUAUGAAGUGUAUGCUCUCCCUAAAUUAUAUGCAAAACUGCUCUACUGUGUAUCAUGUGCUAUCCAUUCAAAGAUAGUUAGAAAUCGUUCCCGAGAAGCCCGCAAAGAUCGUACACCACCUAUUCGGUUCAGACCAAUGCGCGGUGAAGGUGGACAGAACGCCAGACCCGGACAAGCCAAUAAAUUGUCGAACAUGUCAUCUAGGAAAUAAAGCAGAUUUUGUCUAUACUGUAA